AGCAUCGUCGGUCGGAAUUAACGCAAGGUUCAUCUCUCGUUGACGAGUUCGCAGAAUACAUACGCGGAGAUACCGAUAGGCGCGCGUUAACGCGUUACGCACAUAAGUUCAUACACACGCGUCCGACAAUAGCUCGACGCGCGGGUCGGCUCACGGAGCCAGAAUUUCGAAAUCCACUCUGGCUUCAGUGAGAACGCGAGCUCCGCCUCGCACGCACUUUUCCCGAUCGGUUCUGUCACUCAUUAUUGUUCGAGUUCUUCCAAGCUUCUUACAAUAUUCGAAUUUUAGAUACUUGGAGUAUCAGAUGCCUUUCGUUUUGUAAAUACUGGGUGGAAAGAAGCCUGAGAUCGAAGAUGGGCAAGCUUCUGAGUCUACUGGCUCGAGACGAGUCAACCUGUUGCACCCCUCAAAAGUACGACGUCUUUUUGGAUUUCGAGAACGCACAACCUUCCGACCUGGAACGGGAGACGUUCGAAGCGGUGCAGAGAGUGCUGAAAAAUUCAGAAUCUAUCUUAGAGGAAAUUCAAUGCUACAAAGGCGCCGGGAAGGAAAUACGCGAGGCGAUUUCGGCGCCUACGGAGGAGUGUCAACGCAAGGCUUAUAUGACCGUCGCCCCGCUCGUUGCCAAGCUGAAGAGGUUCUAUGAAUUUUCACUGGAACUCGAGAAGGUAGUGCCGAAGAUACUGGGUCAACUGUGUUCCGGGAACCUGUCCCCGACCCAACAUCUCGAGACGCAGCAGGCACUAGUCAAACAGCUGGCGGAAAUUCUCGAGUUCGUACUGAAGUUCGACGAGCACAAAAUGAAGACGCCCGCGAUUCAGAACGACUUCAGCUAUUACCGCAGGACACUGACCAGAGCGUCUCUAGCGCAGCAGGAGAACGCCGAGAAGGACCUCGUGGUCGGUAACGAGCUCGCCAACCGAAUGUCCUUGUUCUACGCCCACGCGACACCCAUGCUUCGUGUUCUGAGUCACGCGACCAUUACCUUCUUGAUGGACAACGAGGAUGUAGCACGCGAGAACAUCACAGAAACGCUUGGCACUAUGGCCAAAGUUUGCCUGCGCAUGCUAGAAAAUCCAAACUUAUUGGCGCAGUUCCAACGAGAGGAGACUCAGCUCUUUGUUCUGAGAGUGAUGGUAGGGCUAGUGAUCCUUUACGAUCACGUUCACCCCCAAGGUGCCUUCGUUAAGGGUUCGAAUGUUGAUGUUAAAGGCUGUGUGAGGCUGUUAAAGGAUCAACCACCGUGCAAGAGCGAGGGUCUGUUGAACGCACUCCGUUACACCACGAAACACUUGAACGAGGAGAACACGCCGAAAAACAUCAAGAACCUGCUGGCGGCAUGAUUACCAAAACAGCGCGGCUGCUGUAUCCGAAGCUGAGACAGCUGAGCUGCUGAUACUGCAGGAGCUGAGCAACCGUUCUUUUUCCACGUAGCGCAACGGGGACGUACGCGAAAGAAAGAAAAAAAAUAAGGAUAUCCUCACGCGUGAUACCAAUCGUGAAUCCAAGCAAUCUCCUGUUCCCGAUCCGCGGCUCGGGGUAGUCGGACCACAGACGACUUGUGUCUUUCUUAAACAACGGAGUCUAAUAGCUGCCCGAUAACUGCCCACUUCUACAUACUUUCUGACAAAAAAAUUAUGAAAAAAGUAAAAAAAAAAAAAAUAGUAGGAAAAUU